CGGAGUGUGUUGCGGUAGAGUCUGAUUCCUCACAUACGAAAAUAAUGGCUUCUGCUGGGCUUCAAGUUUUGGCUACCGCACUCGCAGUCAUUGGCUGGUUGGGCACUAUUAUAAUCUGCGCGCUCCCUAUGUGGAAAGUGACGGCGUUUAUUGGCAAUAACAUCGUGACGGCGCAGACAUUCUGGGAAGGCCUCUGGAUGAACUGCGUACAACAGAGCACGGGUCAAAUGCAGUGCAAGGUCUACGAUUCCAUGCUCGCGCUUCCUCAGGAUCUCCAGGCUGCUCGCGCUCUUGUGGUCAUCUCCAUCAUCGUGGCCCUUUUGGGAAUGCUGCUGGCCGUCGCAGGAGGCAAGUGCACUAACUGCAUUGAAGACAGAGACGCGAAGGCCAAAGUUUGUAUUGCGGCCGGUGUGUUCUUCAUGGUGGCUGGCGUCCUGUGUCUGAUCCCGGUGUGCUGGUGCGCAAAUGCUGUCAUCAGGGACUUCUACAAUCCCAUCUUGUCCGAGGCUCAAAAGCGGGAACUGGGAGCAUCACUGUUCAUCGGAUGGGGAUCUUCCGGUCUUCUGCUCAUUGGAGGAGCGCUUCUUUGUUGCCAGUGCCCCAAGAAUGAGGGUCGUGGUGGUUAUUCUGUCAAAUACUCCGCUCCAAGAUCAGCAGCCAACGGUGGCGCAUAUGUGUGACUAUCAGACUUCUGAACUGUAAUGCUUAAUUCUCCUACUUAAGGAAGAGAUGGAAUUGUGUUUACUGAUUUUUGUCUUGACUGACUUUUUAACUGUAAUAAAUUAUCUUUUUUAAA